AUGGAGUUCCUCUUAUUAGGCUUCUUCAAGCAAUACUUGGAUGAUUCUUUUCAAGCACAAGGAUUACCUCCUUUCACUCUAAUUGGCCUCCCAGGUCUUGAAGCCUCCCAACACUGGAUGUUUCUGCUGCUUGGAGUCCUCUACACUGUCUCUGUUGUGGGAAAUAGCCUAAUUCUCUUCAUUGUCAAAGAAGAGCAGAGUCUGCACCAGCCCGUGUACUAUUUCUUGUCCUUGCUUUCUGUCAAUGACCUUGGUGUGUCCUUGUCCACACUGCCCUCAGUGUUAGCCACUUUCUGCUUCCAUAUCAAGCAGACUGCCUUUGACACUUGUAUGACACAGAUGUUCUUUAUCCACCUCUUCUCUUUCAUGGAGUCUGGGAUCCUACUGGCCAUGAGCUUUGAUGGUUAUGUAGCUAUCUGUAACCCACUGAGGUACUUUACUAUUCUCACUGAUGUUCGAGUUCUACAAAUGGGCCUGUUCAUUGGUACCCAUAGUUUCUGUAUGGUUUUUCCAUUGCCCUUCCUCCUGAAGUGUCUGCCCUUCUGCAAAGCCAACAUCUUGUCCCAUGCUUACUGUUUAUAUCCAGAUCUGAUUCACCUACCCUGUGGAGACAUCAGUGUCAAUAACAUCUUUGGCCUUUGUGUUAUCAUUUCUACCUUUGUACUGGAUUUUGUACUUAUCCUCCUCUCCUACAUUCUCAUCCUUCGCUCUGUUCUGGCUAUUGCCUCCCAAGAAGAAAGGCUUAAAAUACUCAACAUUUGUGUGUCUCACAUAUGUGCAGUACUAAUCUUUUAUGUGCCCAUGUUGGGUGUAGCCAUGGUGUACUGGUAUGGGAGAUAUGCACCAGCAUAUGCAUAUGUAUUAAUAUCACUUAUCUACCUCUUUGUUCCUCCCAUGCUCAACCCUGUCAUCUAUUCUUUCAAGACAAAGGAAAUAUGUAAAAAGCUCGUUAGGCUAUUUUCUGUGAUUAAACUGUGA